AGAAUAAAUUCCAGGUUUGUUUUUCUUUUACUUGCAAAUCUAGCCCUAGCUACAUUUUGUAGUUUUAUCAUCGCAUAAUAUUACUUGUGCAGGGUUCUCAAUUCUGUAAUUAAUAACAAUUUUGAAUUAUUUAUAUUUAAUAUAAAAAUUGCGAGUUGUUAUUUUGUUAAAGAGUAGGCCACGUCUGGAACGGGAGAAGAAGAGUGCUUAUAACAUAAAUCACCAAAAUAAACUAAGAUAAUUUUUACAUAGGGUGUAUAUAGGGACAGUUGUAUGUUCAUUAUUAAAUUAAUAUUCUCACUAAAAAAUAUCUACGAUUUAAUAUUAAAAUAAUAAUUAUCGAAUGGGUUUAUUAACGGAUCCGACCACAGGGCAAGGCAAAUUUGUCAAACUGCUUUUAAAAUGUUACAGCAAAGUUUGUGUUUUAUUUUAUUUAAUUGGUGUAAUUUGGUUUUGUACUUUGGCAUAUCCUCCAAUGAACGCUAAUACGUAUUUCUCAGAAAAUGCUUUACUACCUGGGUUGGUAAAAUCUCAAUUUCGUGAAGAUAAGGAAGCACUUAGAUAUCAUGAAGAAUUGUUAGAUGAAAUGAACAAAUAUGAAGAUUCAAUUCCUUAUCCUUGGCUAUUGGCAAAAUUCAGACAAAUUGGUCUAGAUGCAUACUUACACAAUUUCACCCUAAUUUCCCCCUUGAACAAACGUGAGAAGUUUUCAGGAAAAAAUGUAUAUGGAAUUCUCAGAGCUCCGAGAGCUUCUAGUACAGAGGCAUUAGUAUUAAGUACACCCUAUAGACCAAGUACUAGUGUUCAUGCUACCACAAGCCCCUCUGUGGCUAUUAUGUUGGCAUUUGCUAAAUAUGCAAAUAAAGAAAAAUAUUGGGCAAAAGAUAUAAUUUUCUUGAUCACUGAGCAUGAACAGCUUGGAGUUCAAGCAUGGUUAGAAGCCUAUUAUGGUGUUAGUUGUGGAAGUGAAGAUGUGUUACAGCAUGGAGAUUUAAAAGGUAGAGGAGGAGCUAUACAAGCGGCAAUAAAUUUAGAAUUGCAUAGUGAAAAAAUUGGUCAAAUGGAUAUAAAAGUUGAAGGUUUGAAUGGACAGUUACCAAAUCUGGAUCUUUUUAAUUUAGCAUCAAAAAUGUGUACAAAGGAAGGAGUUUAUCAAACUUUUAAAAACCGGAUACCAAGGUAUUAUCGUGAUCCUGUUAAAGAAUGGUGGAACAAUUUCCAAAAUUUGUUAUUGAUGAUGGCAACUCAAGCAGUUGGUAUACCUAAUGGUAACCAUGGUCUUUUCCACCGUUUUGGCAUACAAGCCCUGACAUUAGAAGGAUUUGAAAAUUCUAAUACCAGAAAUAACAAUAAAAUAUGGACUAUGGGUACUGGCAGAAUAAUAGAAGGAAUUUUUAGAAGUUUAAAUAAUCUUCUAGAACGAUUCCAUCAAAGUUUUUUCUUCUAUUUGUUACCAUCUUCUGAUAGAUAUAUUUCCAUAAGUCUUUACAUACCAUCAGUUUGUCUUAUAGCUGGUACGAUGUUUAUUAAGGCAUGUGCAAGGUGGUUCAAAUUACAAGAAACUAUGGAAGAAGAUAAACGUUCAAGCUCAAAGCCUUCCGUUCGUGUCGACAAAGUAAUUAUAAUAUUUUUGCUUGUUCACUUUAUUGGAAUUCUAUUAUCAAAUAUUCCUCAAUACAAGUCGAUUUUGACAGAAAGUGAUCAAAAUUCGACAAUAUUCUACUCGUUAGUAGCCUCGUUUGCAGUACUACUACUAGUGCCAUUUUUUGUUGGAUUGAGAAAAUGCAGAGAAAGCAUGGAAUUGUUGAAUGUCAUGGCUAUGUUGGAACUGGGUACAGUAUUAAUUUGCAUUUCAAUGAAUAACUUUUCUUUCGGAUUAUUCUGUGCUACACUUGUGAUUCCAGCAGCUCUUCUGAUUAAUCCAACUAAUUCAAGGUUGUAUUCGUUUCUUCAAAAAAUUUUGUGGUUAUUGGUCCACCCACUGACAGUUUUGACUGUUGUAGUUAUGAUUAAUUCGUACUUCAUGUUUCCCGAGGAAAAAAUUAAAGAAAUCAUUGUAAGAGGAUGGGACGCCACACAGAAAUCGGUUAUCUACAGUAUAAUAGAUUCAAUGAUAUAUGGAAAUUGGUCGUAUAUAAUAGUAAUGUAUAUUUUUCUACCGAACUGGUUAUGCUUCUGGAUUGUAUCAUUUAGCAAUUAUAAAGAAUGUGGAGUAGAUGAAAAUAAAAAAAAUGAUUAAAUAUAUUUAAAGAAA